UUUGAAAAUGUAUUACUCGUAUACACACACAUAUAUAAUACAUAUAGUUUAUAAUUAAUAUAUAUGUAAUUUUAUAUGUGUAUAUAUUAUAUACAUGUAUAUAAUAUAGUUUCAGAAUAGCUCAAUGUAUUCAUUAGGUUUAAGUUCAGUUGAAUGUGACCUAAAUCCUCAGUAACAGUGGUACAAAUGUUAUUUCUGAAACCAUAGGCUGGAACUAGUCAGUUCAGGUUGAUAUGGAGCCUGUGGUGGUCAGGGAUUAGUCUCUUUAUAUUUUCCUGCUUUGCCAUUGUGUGUAUAUGGGAUGUUCUAUUCCCCAAAUUGCUUCAUGGUCUGAAAAUAUAUCAGGCUUGAGUCAUCACAUCUAUAUUUCAACCAUCAGGGAAAGGAAGGGAAAGGAGAAGAAUAUUUUUUCAGUUUUACCUAUCAUCUUUCCUAUUCUAUUACCUAGAAUUUGUAAGAUGGCUAAGUUGGGAAAUGUUGUCUUUGUUCCAGGCAUCCAUAUGCUCAAUGCGAAAUUGGGGGUUCCAUGACUAUAGAAAAUAAGGGAGAAUGGAUUUUGGGGGACAAGUAGAGGUCUCUGCCACACUCAGCAGGAGCCUGAGAAGGCCAUGCUUGAAUUUCUCAGAAAAGAUGGUUUUUCAUAUUGAAGCACACACAUGGGAAAGGUGCCACUGCCUACAUAAGCUAACAAUGUCUUCUUUUCUCUCCAAAAUAAUUUCCCUUCCAGUUUGUUCAAGAGGUAUUUCCAAAUGCCCAGCAUUCCCAACCGAAGUGGCCUUUGCCUUGGACAUGUCAAAUGAUGUCUCCCUGUUGGAUUUUGAGAGGAUGAGAGACAUUUUAUUGUCUCUGUUGAUGAAGAUGGAAAUAAGUGACAGUAACUGCCCAACAGGUGCCCGUGUGGCCAUUGUUUCCUACAAUGCCAAAACCAAUUACUUGGUUCGUUUCUCAGACUACAAGGGGAAGGUUGCACUCCUGAAGGCUGUCAGGAACAACCCCUGGAGCAGCCAUCUGGCCUCAGGAACCUCGGGGCCACCAUGAGGUUUAUGGCGAGACAUGUGUUCAAAUGUGUACGCUCGGGUCUUCUCAUGAGGAAGGUGGCUGUGUUCUUCCAGGCGGGCUGGGCCUAUGAUGCAGCUUCUAUCAAUACAGCCACACUGGAGCUUGCUGCAGUGGGCAUCAUCCCCGUGGUCAUCACCUUCACAGAAGGGCACAACCUCCCAGACACCCUGCUGAUGGAUGGAACCAACAGAUUUUACUUGUACAUCUGGGAGACAGAGCGCCAGCAGCAUGUGGAGCACGUGGCCCGCUGCAUUCUCUGCUACAGUAAGCCAGGACAGCCUUUAGAACAGGACAAAUGCAGACCAGACCCAGAAUGCCCGGCUGGCACGCCGGGGCCCCAAGAGGUGGACGUGGACUUGGUGUUUGUGGUGGAUAGCUCCUAUGGAGUGGAUGCCGACGUGUACCGCGGGUCUUUGAGUCUAGCGGACGCCGCGCUAGAAGACCUGGAGGUGGCUGAGCAGCCGGGCGCGUCCCACCUUGGGGCGCGUGUGGCCCUGGUGACGCACACGACACCCAACUUCUGGCCGGGUGUGGGUCGCCUCCCUGUGCUCGAGGGCUUCCACUUGACCACCUAUGGCAACCGGAAGCAGAUGCAGAGACAUGUGCGCGAGGCAGCCCGCCCCUUACAGGGAACCCCCGCCCUGGGCCACGCCCUGGAGUGGACGCUGGAGAAUGUGCUCCUGGCAGCCCCUCGGCCGCAGAAGACACAAGUCUUCUUCGCCAUCGUGGCCAGCGAGACAAGUAGCUGGGACAGGGAGAAGCUAUGGACUCUGUCCCUGGAGGCCAAAUGCAAGGGCAUCACCCUCUUUGUGCUGGCCUUGGGUCCGGGUGUGGGGACCCAUGAGCUAGCCGAGCUAGCCGAGCUGGUCAGUGCUCCCUCUGAGCAGCAUCUACUGCGCCUACAAGGGGUCUCAGAGCCAGAGGUUAACUACGCUCGGGGAUUCACUCGGGCCUUCCUGAACCUCCUAAAAAGUGGGACAAACCAGUACCCACCCCCAGAGCUCACUGAAGAAUGUGGGGGCCUACACCGUGGGGACACUUGCUGCAAUUAGUCACGCCUGUCAACAGGUUUCCCAGGCACCAGUUUGGUAUGUCUGGCUUGGCUGAUGAUUUGGAAGCACUUGAAGCAACAGGCAUUUUUCUAGAAGAGAAGAGAAAAGAAAUCACAACAUCUAUAACUCAGCAAGAAGCACUUGAAAAUUAUGAAAAUAACAAAUAUGACAUUGAAGAAAAUGAACAAGAAACACCAGCAAAACAAAAAGAAACUAGAAAAGAAAUAAAUGCAGACACUACCUAUGGUAAAAACCAAACCACUUCUUGGUCCUUAAGUUGGAUUCACUUUUUUCAUUUUUAACUUUUUCUUAAAAAAAAUCCUGUGCACUGUGUUAGCAUGCAAUUUUUUAAAAUUCACUUUGCUUACAAAUCCACAGGUUCAUGUAUGCAGCUAAAGAAAAUAGUUUAAAAAGAAAGACAGACAAAGGCUAACUUUCACCUGGCUGUCGAACUGGAGCUGGAUGAAAGUUAGUUCAGGGCGUAUUAUGAAGGCACACUCUAUGAAGUGUCUGCACUACCUUUGCAGAGAAGCAAUGAGUUAUUGCAGAAGUGGUGAAGAUACUCCUGACCUUGAAAUGCACCUACUUGGAGACAGGCUCUACAUUUUGGAUACAUCUAAAACAACUGUAGCAUCAAUUUUGGAUUACAGCAUGCAGUAAUGCAAAUGCCAAGUUCCUUUUUUUUUUUUUUUUUUUUGAGACAGAGUCUCACCGUCACCCAGGCCGGAAUGCAGUGGCAUGAUCUCGGCUCAUUGCAACCUCCGCCUCCUGGGUUUAAGUGAUUCUCCUGCCUCAGCCUCCUGAGUAGCUGGGAUUACAAGAGCCCGCCACCAAGCCUGGCUAAUUUUUAUAUUUUUAGUAGAGACAGGGUUUCACCAUGUUGGCCAGGCUGGUCUUGAACUCCUCACCUUAGGUGAUUCUCCUGCCUCGGCCUCCCAAAGUGCUGGGAUUGCUGGCAUGAGCCACUGCACUCGCUGCCAAGUUACUUUUUAUAUGUGAUCAACAAAUUAAGCAGAACACUAAACACAUGAGAAAGAGAUACAGGAAAACUUCUCUGUGAAGUUCUGGAAAGUGAUUCAAGAUAGCUGAAAGAGUUUCUAGUGAGUGGUGUGGUUAGUCCUGGUUACAUUAAAGGAGAGAUGAUUUAUCUGAGGUUUUGAAUGUGCCUAGAUAGUUCUUCAUCUGGGGCUACUGGCUAGGUGGCCAUGGGAGUUAUUCACUCUCUUGGUGACUCAGUUUUCUGCUCUGUAAAGUGGGGAUUAUAUGAGUCCCUACCUCAUAGGUUUGAGAAUACAACUUGAUAAUUCAUGUGUUUGCCACAUAGUAUACAUCCACACAAGUUAGUUGUUAAGAUGCUGAUGAUACAUGCUACCUUUUAGAUUUCAAAGCAAACACAUGUCCAAAAUAAAUAACAGAAUCAGACAGACAUAGGAAUACCACCUCCUUAGGCUAGAAUAUUAAACAUAGAAUAACUUACCUUGUUGGUUCUUAUGUUUUCAGUAUAGAAUAUCCUCAGGUAAUCUUACUAAGGUAAUGAUUUUCAGUCUUGAUUGUACACUAGAGUCACCUGGGGAUCUUUAAAGAUUGACCUCAGCCCAAAUCAGUCAGAAUCUCUGGGUGUAGGACUUACCCAGUGAUUCCACUGAACAACCAAGAGUGAGAACUACUGCUUUAAGGCAUUCUUUCUCAUAAAAUCAAGGUGGAAAGGAUGGGGGAGAGUUUCCUAGUCAACUAAUCCAAUCCCGUUCGCAGACAAAAACUGAGGUUUGAAGGUCCCUGAUACUUCUCAGCUGCUCUGUUGUUAUGUGGCUCUGGCUGGCCAGUUUCCUUUCUGUUUUCACUCCAAGGCCAUUCAAAACCCUCACCACCUCCUCAGGGUCCUUCCUCCAUGCCUCUUCCUCUAGCAGAUAUGCCUCCCUCUUUUUUUAUUCUUUUCAAAAGAAAUAAAGGUGACCGAGCACAACCUCCUGUAACUUUCUGUAUUUCUGCAAGCCUCUCUUCUUGCCCUCCAGUUGGAGAAAAGAACUGGCCCUUCUCUUAUUCUGAAUUGUCAAGAAAGACCAAAGGGCUCUUCCAGACCUUGUUGACUUGUGCUUCUUGGGAUCUGGCCACUGUUGGCCACUACCUUCCUCUUUAAACCCUCUCCUCUCACAGCUUUGGAGACAACAUUCUCCUCUUGUUCUUCUAUUCUGGCCAGUCCGUCUUUGUGGGCUCUUCUUCCCAGAUCCACCUUCACAGGGGGAUUCAGGUUUUAUGGAAUUUAUACAAUUUGGGGGCCCUCUUUAAGAAAAAUAUUUUAAAAAAUUAUUAAAAUUAAGUGAAAAGUGAAUAUUCAUUUAGAAGAGCCUUAUGCAAAUGAUUUGCUCUGAAGCCUAGGCUUUAUUAUUGUCAUGAUGAAUCUGCUACACCCUUCCCCAAGACUCUUUCUUCAGUCCUCCAAACACUCUGCACACACCACACUACUUAGGUAUGCUUUCCCCCUGGCCCCCACAACAUCAACUAUCCCCUCUGUGCUGGUGACUCUCAAAUCCAUAUCUUCCACUUUAACUCUCUCCUGUGCUAUAGCAUAGUGUAUUCAAUUACCCUCCAGAUCGUUCCACUGGACUUGCCUGCAGUCACAUCAAGCCACCUUAGUUCAACAAACCCAACUCAUUGUCUUUCCCAUUCGAAUCUCCUUCUCUUCCUUUACCAACUAUCUUUAUUGGUAUGAACCACCAGUGGCCCAGGAAUGGAAAGCCAAAACUCAGUAUUAUUUUUAAAAAAUUAAUUAAUUAGAUUUAGGAGUGCAAGUACAUGUGGAUGUAUUGCAUAUUGGUGAUGUCUGGCCUAUUAGAGUACUCAUUACCCAAAUAGUGUACAUUGUACCCAAAAGAUAGUAUCUCAUCCUACACACCCCUGCCCCUGCCCCUGCCCCUGCCCCAGCUCUCCCACCAUUUGGAGUCUCCAAUGUCUUAUUCCACUCUGUAUGUCCACAUAUACCAAUUGUUUAGCUCCUACAUAUAAGUGAGAACAUGCAGUUUUUGACUUUCUAUUUCUGUAUCAUUUCACUUAGGAUAAUAUCCUCCAAUUCUAUCCAUGUUGCUGCAAAAGACAUGAUUUCAUUCUUUUUUAUGGAUGAGUAGUAUUCCAUGAUAUAUAUACCACGUUUUUAAUCCAAUAAUUCCUUGAUAAGCAUUUAGGUUGAUUCCAUGACUUUGCUAUUGUGAAUAGUGCUUCUAUGAGCAUACGGGUGUAGGUGUCGUUUUGAUAUAAUAAUUUAUUCUCCUUUGGGCAGAUACUCAGAAGUGGAGAUGCUGGAUUGAAGAGUAGUUCUACUUUUAGUUCUCUGAGAACUCUUCCUACUGUUUUCCAUAGCGAUUGUACUAAUUUACAUUCCCACCAGUAGCAUUCCCUUUCUCCACGUUCUCACCAACAUCUGUUGUUUUUUGACUUUUUAGUAAUAGUCAUUCUGACUACUCUAAAUGCUAUCUCGUUGUGGUUUUCAUUUGCAUUUCUCUGAUGAUUAUUGAUGUUGAGUAUUUUUUCACAUUUGUUGGCUGCUUGGAUGUCUUCUUUCAAAAAAUGCCUGAUUGCCCAAUAUUAUUCUAGUUGACCUCUUCUCCCUUGCCUCCUGCUGUCUAACUGGUCUGCUUUCUUCCAACUUGUCCUCCUUCCAGUUCCAUUCUAAACAGCUGAUUGACAUUUCUAAAACACAAAUAUGGUUGUGUCCCUUCUCCUCUUCUAUGGUUCUUCAUUGUUUAUAAGAUAAUGUUCAGGUGCCUGUGGAAGGCACAUGGGCCUUUACAAUUAGACCCCUGCUUUGGUCCUCUGGGGCUUUACUGGCUGCCACUUCCCUGCAUAUGCCUUUCGUGGCCUUUAUGCCCCGCAAUUUAUUCCAGAUCUCUGUACCAUUGCUUACCCUCACCUGACUGUCUAUAUUUCCUCUGCAGUGUCCACGUGGGCUAUAUCUACUCAUCUUUUGCUACUUAGCUCAAGUUUCACCUCUCCUUAGAGUUUUUUCUAUGCCCCCAGGUAGUUUUAAAUUUUCACAGCCUCCUUGGUGCUCCUGAAUCUUAAGACAAAUUCUGCCAUAGUGCCUGCUACCUUUCAUUGCGCCUACCUGUAAAGAAUUAAAUGAGUUAACUCUCUUUGCAGGUGCCAGGCUGAUCUUGGUACAUUUUCAAUUUCAGUGUUAUAUCCAAAGCACACAGACCAAUUUUUUGGUUUUCCCCUCCAAGUAGGGCUAUAAGACAUAUAUGCCAGGGAAUAGAAUAAGCUGGAGCAAAAUUAUAAUUUCAUUGUAGCGGCUCUUCAUACCUGCCAACUCUUUUCUUUUUCUUCACCUUUACCUUUCUUUACUCCUGGAUUCCAUGAACUACUGUGAGUAAAAUUGUUACUGCCACCGCGUAGUUCUUCCAAGAAGGCAAAGGUUAAUAUUCAUGGUAAAAAAUAAAGCCAAAUAUAAGACUGAGGGCCAGCGAUAAUUGCUUGGGUAAAAAUUUGUUGGCCCUCAAUGCCUUAACAUACUGGUAAAAGAAAAAUUAAGACUAGUGGUAUUCUGAGUGUUAAGCUACAAAGAUAAUUUAGAGAUAAUUAGCAUAAAGCAUGAAGGACUCUUUCACCUAUAGCCGUACUGACCAAUGUAAUAACUGCUAGCCACAUUGGCUAUUUACAUUUAAAUGUAAAUAAUUCAAAAUUAAAUAACAUUAAAAUUUCAGUUCCUUGAUUGCACUAGCCACAUUUCAAAUGCUCAACAGCCACAUGGGAGUGGUGGCUACUCUAUUGGACAGCACAGAUUUUCCAUUAUUUCAAACAUUUCAUCGUUAUAGAAAGUGCUACUCUAGAAGUCUAAUUUAGGAAGAGCAGUCCCUGUUUGAUUGUCUCUCAGACCCAAAGCAAGGGUGGAGGUUCUAAAGAUGACAGAGUGUCCCUAGGAAAAGCGAUGGAUAUAUUUGAAUGAAUUCUUGGUUUGUCAGUUCAGAAUCAGUUGUAAUGGCAGAGGUUGGUGCCGGCUGAUAACUAACCCCUGAGUCUAUUUGUUGGCUCUAGAGAGUACAGCAAAGAGCUCACCAUUAGAGUGUUUUUCUGUUGACAACAACAUAUUUUUGAAUAAGUAUUUCUCUUACUUCUCCUGGGCCUGUACUGCUUGUUAUCUUAUAUCCUCCAGAGUAGGGGUCAUGCAGUGAGCAAAUUCAAAUAUGACUACUCAAAGCAUAGGACUAUUUCCAUGAUCAAUUUCUUACCAUACUAAGAGCAUAUCUCAUCCCUGUGGGUACAGUACAUCUGGUCACCUCUCCUAGAAAACUAGUCUGUGCUGAUUAUACUAUUGGGAGGUUAGCAGAUAGUUUCACAGAAACAAGGCAUGAAUUUUAAGGCUUGUGUUUUUGAAGAUAGUAUCCUCUUUAUUUAAGGGUACAUGGAAGGCCUAGGAGGAACUAUGGGGAGGAUGGCAGCAUUCUGUGCUUCAGGGCCAACCUGGAUCAGAAAUACUUCUGUGUGAUACAAAGGAUACCCAAGGAAAUCUGUUCUCCCUAGAAGUUGAGGUGGGGAGGGUUAUAUACCUGGGAAAAUCAUUGCCUCAUGUAAAAUUCAGGGAGUCUCAGAUCUUGCUUUGUUGUAAUGUGUUGAUUUCCAAUGCCGUUUUUAAUUGUUCAGGAACAUCAUGUUUUUCCUUGUUUAGCUGCUAGAGAAAAAGAGAAACCUUGUGGCAGUUAGAACAUAGUUGAUUCUUUAAUUGCAGGAGUGUGUGACUUAACCCUUUGCCUGGUAUGGUCUUAGGUCCUGUUUAUAAUUUGGUAUCUUAUUGCCAUGAAAAGUCUCCUCUGUCCGUCUUAUGAUCCCUAUUUUAACAUUAAUGCUGGUCAGUUGUGUCUAAACUCUAAAAGGAGGAGGUAUAACCAGGCAUGUCUGACUUUCCAUCCCGUCAUGGCUGGGAAUACAGUUUUAAGGUAUUUCUGGGGUUCUCUUUGCCAAGAGAGAGUCCAUUCAGCCCAUAGGGGCUUAGGAUUUUAAAGUUUACACAUCCUUGGAACAUUCAUGAGAUCCAACUGCAGUUCUCCCUGUGUUUACUAGGUGGCGGUAUAACCCUUUCACGGAGGUCCUCUGACUCUCAACAUAAACCUUACACUCCAUAAAUUCCGAGGUAGCAACAAUAUAGCCAAGGGCAGAAACAAUUGUCUAUUGUUUCAAUAUUCAUACCCACUCUUGCUGUAUACACAGUUUAUAAAGCACUUUCCCAUGUUAUGUCACGUAUUUGCCCAGCCCCACCACUAAAUCUGGGAUGUUGGCAUUGUUCAUCCCCUUUUUGGGAUAAACUAUCUUACAGAAGUGAUGUGGCUUGGCUCAGACCCGUAACAGAAACUGGCCUUGAACUCCUUUUUAUCCUGAGACUAGGGCUCCUUGAGCUAUACUGCAUUUGUUCCAAACAGUUAGCUGCCACCAAAGAAUUCUGAAAGUCAGAGCCACAGGGGUGGGAGGAUGGGCUUGAUUUCUGCCUCAGAUUCCCUGCUCUUCCAUCUGCUGCCCCCACCCCCACCCCCACCCCACCCUACCCCACCCCACCCCUGUGGUUCUGGCCUGGGUGGAAGUAGGAAUGGACUGAAAGAGAAGUUGAACUGUAGUGCAGGUCAGUUGUGAUGGCAGCCUCAGCCAACCCCACAGGGAUCUCUGGACCUAAGUGGGCUUGUGUGAGUUACCCCAGUGUGGGCUAACUUGGCUGGGUCUGUAUCCCCUGCCUCCAUCACCCAGAAGGGCAUACCUGUGGACGAGGCAGCUCUGAAACUGUGGCAGGCUCUAAAGUCGACCAGCUGAAGCCUUUCUGCUCACAGCACUCCUAGCAGGUGGGGAAACAAGUUCUUCCUUGAAGCAGGAACUGCAGAGCACAAACCACACUCAUCAUAGUUCCUUUACCUGGAAUGUCCUUUUGCAUUGUUUUCAAAUUUCCCUAGCUUCCAAAAUCCAACAGGACACAAUGAAAAUCAUUUGUGCAAGUUCUCAGAGAUCUAGCCUUUGCAUUCAUCUCUAGCCUCACCUAUGGUGGCGGUUGUUCUGACCCUCCAACUUUUCAUUUGAGCAAUACCAUUUCCUGGAAAUGCCAUAUUCCAUUCACCUAUGCUGUUGCCCUUGGUGAUACUUUUGUGGGAAAUGCCUUUAUUUAAUUUAUUUACAAAUAUUUAAUAGGCAUCUAUUAUGUACCAUAUCCAUUAUUUGUGUCAAAACCCAGCUCAGCUCUCAUUACCUCUCAGGAAAACAUCUCCCAUUGCCCCCUUUCAAGAAAGAAUUAAUCAGUAGCUCCUAUAGGCUGCCUUGUAGACCCUUAUCUUUUUGCCCUUUUCCCUCCAUUUCACACCAUUUGCCAAUUAGUCUUCUUAUUAGGCCAUGAGCCUCUUCAUCUUGGAAUCCCCUGCCCAGGACAGGGCCUGACACUUCUCCCUUUAGUUCUGAUAUUUAAACUCCCUGCCAGUUUUCAGACUGUUAGAAGUGCCCCAACAGCCACCCCAACAGUUGGUUGCCUUCUAUAUCUCUUGCUCUAGAACAACUUUUUGCUUUGUAAUUCUGCAUUUAUUUUUGUUCUGCAUUUGUUUCAGACACCAGGGCAUCUGCCUCCAUCAGUCAAUUGUAAAAAGGUUCAUGUGUUUUUAAAUUCCUCCUUGGAUCUGUUAUUUUGUUAAUUAUAACCUUGUACUGCUUUGGGGAUAUUAAUUUAUCUGAUGAAAGAAUUGAGACCCAAAAAGGUCAAGUGGCAUCAAAUCUUAAACCAUGAUUCAAUUGGUAGCCUAAAAUUAGAAUUAAAAUGUGUUUUGAACUGAUUUGGCAUCUGCUUGGUUUGCUCUGCAAAAUUUAAGGGUUUUAAUCGUUACAUGAAUUGACUGCUUUGCACUUUUAAACAUGUAUGGAUUUCACUGAUCCUAGAAAAGUGGAGGGUUUGCGAUUGGUAGGCUCGGAACUUGGUUCCCAGCCAUGUAUCAAAAUGUAUAAAUGCAUACAGGGAUUUUCCCUGAGCUCUCCUGAGUGGAGAUCAUGCUGACUGUGUACUAUUUAUGGUUCUUCCUUUAAUUUCUGACCUCUUGUGAUCUCAUGGUGGAUUCUUCGUUUAAGUUUUGAAUAAUCUCAAAGGUAUAUUUCUAGUACAGCUGGAGGGUCAAUGUUGGGAUUACGGUGUUAUGGGAAAUACCAAGACUGGGGCAUGUGAAUUCAGCAUCUGGUUCCCUCCGCAGCUUUCCUGGUGACUUCAUAGAAGAUACUCUAUUUUUUUGGGCUUUGGUCUUUUCUGUCUGAGGAGACUGGAGAGGAGAGAAACAUUACUUGCCCCUUUAUAGUCUCUCUAAAUUCUGCAAACAAAAGCAUCCUUCGUUAGCUAAUCUCUUAGGAAGCUAAAAGAUGGAAGCCCAGCCGAGGACAGGAGAACCACCCAGCUGAACCCAACCCAAAUUUAUGACCCACAGAAUACUGAGCUAAAUAAAUGGCUGUUGUUUUAAAACACUAAGUUUUGGGGUAAUUAUUAAUUGCAAAAAGUUGUGACUGGGCUUGCCCAUGUGUCUAGUCAGCUACCAGUCUGUUGGUCAGUUGGCUGGCCUAGGGUCAAUUCCUAAUGAUAAGAAAAAAUAAAAAUUGUAUAUUUGUAUUCAUGUAAUAAUAUAGCCUCAAAAUACUUAAAACACCAAUGCAAUUAGAUUAGAGAAAGCAUUUAGAAGCAGAAUAAUUGGAAAGGAAGAUGUAAUAUAGUUUCUAUUCAUACACAAUAUGAAUACAUAUCUAGAAAAGUAAAACAUUCUAAGAGAACAGCAAUGUUACAGAAAGAGUCUUCUCCAUCAGCCUAGAGCCUGCGGUGAUCAUUCAACAGCUGACCAUGAUGGACACAAAAUAUGACUGAGAAAGAAACCUUUGUUUUUGUAAUCCACCAAAAUUAGGGGGUUGUUACUGAAGCAUUUCCAGGCCUGUCCCCAGAGAUACAGAUAUAGAGAAAUGGGAACUCUCAAACAUGGCUUUUGGAAGCAAAUAUUAGAAAAUGUUUUGGUAUUUUCUAGUAAAAUUAAAAAUUUAAAUACUAUGAACCAGCAAUUUUACUCAUAAGCAUAUUCCCUGAAAACUCAUUUGCUUGAUGACCAAGAUACAACCACAUUCAUGAAUGAUGUUCACAGCAGCAUUUUUUUUAAAAAAAACCCAAGUUGUAAACAACCCACAUGUUCAUUAAGAGUGAAAUAUGUAGGCUGGGCUUGGUGGCUCAUGCCUGUAAUCCCAGCACUUUGGGAGGCCAAGGUGGGCAGAUCACUUGUGGUCAGGAGUUUGGACCAGCCUUGCCAAUAUGGUGAAACCCUAUCUCUACUAAAAAUACAAAAAUUAGCUGGGCAUGUUGGCGGGUGUCUGUAAUCCCUGCUACUUGGGAGCCUGAGGCAGGAGAAUCACUUGAACCUGGGAGGUGGAGGUUGCAGUGUGCCGAGAUUGUGCACUGCAUUCCAGCCUGGGUGACAGAGUGAGACCUUGUCUCAAAAAAUGGAAAAAAAAAAAAAAAAGAGUGAAAUGUGUGAAUAUGCUGUAGUACAUUGAAAUAAGGUGUACAACGACGAAAAUGAAUGAAAUUGAAUUAAGAUUAAGCCACAUUGACUAAAUCUUAAAAGCACAUAUUUGAGAAAGACACAGAAGUAUGCAUACAGUAGGAUUUCAUUUAUCUAAGCUCCAAAAUAAGGCAAAAUUAAAAUUAUAUUGUUAUCAUUUAUGUGGUAAAACUAGAAAAAAAAUCCAAAUAUGUGGUCACGGUUGAAGUCAGGACAGAAACAUGGUAGACGCCGUGAUGUGUUGCCUACAUCCCACUUCAGGAAUGAAGAAUUUGUUCUUCAGCUGCUGUGAGUGCUGCUGGAAGGUGACUCUCAGAGGUCAGCCCUCAUUGAGAAUUUCCUCAGAGGAAGAGAAAUUUACCUUCCAUGGGCAGAUGCAUCCAGUGACUGGUCAACACUGAGUUAUAAAAUCCCAGCCCAACAACUUGGGAUAACUCUGCAGGCCAUCCCAGAGCUGCUUAUGGGGUUGACUGAGGCCUUCCACUGGACUGCACCACAGCCCAACUUCUCUCGCUGCCUAAUUUUGCUCUUUUCUUCAUUCCACAGGUGUUGAUUUUAAAGACACUCCCAUAUAAAUGUUCUACAUGCUCGUCUCUGUUUCAGAGACUGUUUUCUGGGGACUCCAGUCUGUAAUCCUCUUGUGGAGGGAGGUGGCUAGGACCAGGAAGGAAAACACGAAUGAUAAGAAUGUUCUAUUCUUCUGUGGAAGUUGUAUUUUCACAGGAGUUCACUUUGUAUGUAUUCAUUAACGUGUAUAUGUAUAUUUUAUGCUGUUGAUUUAUGUUUCAUGCAUCAUAGUAAUCCAGAAAUUCCUCAGAAACACAAAUCCAGGACAAGUGAGCUGAUGUCACCCUCAUAUUACCCCUGAUU